GAUUAUCUGUAUUUUUUCCUCACCGAAGGGUCUACGUCUCUCUUUCUCUCACAUUCAAAAGAAACCUCCCUGCUUACCUCUACCGCUAUAUUACAUUCUCACAGUAUCUCCUGUAGACCGGAAUAAACAAUGACUACCUUCUCCCGAUCCAAUUCCACAGGAGCUAGAGGUAUCACCGACGACGAUUACGAAGAAGAACACAGCUCUAGCAUAGACUACUACGACGUAUCCACACCGUUAAGCUCACACGGGUCGAGAUCCGGGUCUGGACAGUUCACGAUGCUCGACCUUCUGGCGGUUGUUUUGAGGAAGUCGCUGGUAAUGUCUUAUACCAUGGAGAGAGGUGGUGAUGACAUGGAUAUAGGUUGGCCGACGGAGGUUAAGCACUUGAGUCAUGUGACUUUCGACCGGUUUAAUGGUUUUCUCGGUCUCCCCUCUGAGCUUGAACCGGAGGUCCCUCCUCGAGCUCCUAGCGUCAGUGCGAGUGUUUUUGGAGUAUCAGCGAAGUCGAUGCAAUGCUCUUACGACAACAGAGGAAAUAGCAUCCCAACUAUCCUUCUCAGGAUGCAGAAACGUCUUUAUACCGAAGGAGGUCUUAAAGCUGAAGGAAUAUUCCGAAUAAAUCCAGACAAUGCCAAAGAAGAGCACGUCCGAAAACAGCUAAACCGUGGUGUAGUACCACGUGGAAUCGAUGUUCAUUGUUUGGCUGGUCUAAUAAAGGCCUGGUUUAGGGAGCUACCAACAGGAGUGCUUGAUGUGUUGACACCAGAGCAGGUAAUGAAAUGUAACACAGAAGAAGAUUGUAGCAGGCUCGUGACUCUACUUCCUCCGUUGAAUCUGCACUUCUAG